AACGCGCUUUAUUUCCGCUUACAAUACGGGUGUCAAUUGUAUAUGCACGAUCACGAGUCUCGAUCAAUGCUCGACCAAUAGUCCAACUGUCAGGUAUCAGACACUGCUCAAAGUAUGGAGCUCAAGGCGGCUCAGUCAUGCUGCAGCUUGGCCUGGACGUGCUCUGAGCGGAAUCUCGAUUGAUAAUGUUUUUUUUGCUUUUGCUGGUCGGCGAACUUCCAUCUCAUCCUCUAGUCUUGCUCCUCUUUCUAGUGCGGCUUCGUGGCGGUUGUCUGCUCUAUCUGAUUGGAGAAAGUUCCUCAGCCUCAGCGUCUUCGUACUGUUCCGUGACUAUCCCAAUCGCGAUCAUACACGAUUACAGGCAGCACUUACGCCCGAGUGUGCAGCGGAAGGAAAAGUGCCCGAAACAAUCAAACUCCUUAGGAAGAAGCAUUUCUCCUCCACCUGUACUUGAUGCUCAAACACCUGUACUAAUUCCAGUAAUUUCCAGUAUGGAUCCUUUGACUGUGAUCGGUGCCGUUGGGGGAUUGAUCAAGACCGCCGCCUUCCUCUCGUCGACCACCUCGAGAAUCGUAUCGGCCAGGAACAAAGGAAGCCAUGAAAUUGUUGCGGUAAAGAAUACGGUUGACAUCAUACGCUCAGUGCUUCAACAAUUACAGAUACUACUUCUAAAGCAAGGCAACAUCGAUCCCGAACGUGCGUCAAUGCUCUUUGUUGGCGACAUCGUGGCUAUUUUAACAUCAUGUGUCUUAACUAUGUCGAACUUGGAAGGAUGCAUCAAAGGGCUCAAGGUAGAUGACAAACUAAAACUGAUCGAUAGCAUCAGAUGGAAUUCGAGGAUGUCAGAAGUGCGCAAGUACAGAGGGGAGCUUGAAUCAUCCAAGAUUUCUCUCAAUCUGGUGUUGACCAUAAUGACAUGUCAAUCCGUCCAAAGUGCCGAGAUAUCCGCUACCGAACUUAAAGUCCUGGUUGUGAGGGUGCUAGAGGGUAACCACGAUCUAUCGAAAAGGAUGUCCAUCAUGCAGAAGUCAAUCGUGGGCUCGAUAUACAGCUCUGAAAAUCACGAUACCGUUUCUCUCGCAGACACAACUACGGGCUUGGACGGUACCUCAAAUGAUCCUCUGCCAGUCGCCCAGCCGAAUCUCCGGCAUCCUGUCAUUCGUGCCUUCGAAGAAGAAUUGAACAGCUCGUGGGUGUAUCAAAAAUCGCGAGGUCGGAGAGCCCGAGCUCGUCCUUUCUCCAUGUCUAGCUCGGCUCAGUUGACACAGACAUGGUCCGUACUCUCUGGACUUAGCCUUUCAGAAAUCUCAAAUAUUUCUGUUUGGGCGCUGCCAAUACAAAGGGAGGAUCUGGUGAAUAGCGAAAUGUACUGGUCUGAAAAUGAGCCGAGUCCUGAUUUUGAUCUUGAAUCACCGGCCUCUUACAGAAAAGAGCCGAACAGUGUCGUUGGUAGCCAUCUACCCCAACUUCCGGAUCUUCUGGAGCGAAAUCCUAUGCUUGAGCAUUCCGACGAGCACGAGCAAGCUCCCGACAAGAUGUCCGAGACCUCUGAGUUACUGCACCAGUCCGAGACGGUAGCUACUACGAGUGCCAACGAGGCGACACAAGGAGAGACUGAAGACUACCUUGUCCUUUAUGUUGUGGCGAGCUUGUUUGAUUUUCAUCUCGACCUGGAGAAAGUCGAAGCUGGCUAUACAUGGCUGUCGUACAAUGCGGGCGACGUCUUUGAUGUUAUUGGUGAGAAGGGCGAACUUUGGCUUGCGGUAAACCAAGAUGAUUCUCAAAACAAGGUGGGAUGGCUUUGGAGUAAGCACUGUGCAAUACUACCGCCUGAAGAUCUGAAGCUAGGAGAUGCUCCGAGGAGGAGACAAAUACAAGUACAUCGACGGCGUGCUCAAGGUUCUCGAGAGCACGGUCCCGUGGACCUUCCAAUAUCUCGCGUGGCAAUCGACUCAAUCCUCAAGUCCUUAACUGAAUUGCCUUAAAGUCACUAAAUAUUAGAAGAUUCACGGGAUGGGUUAUGGGCUGUUUUGGGGGCUGAAAUUGCGGGGUCGUUAGUCCUCUUCUU